AAUGACAUGUCAGAUUUUCUGAUGCACCAAGUUUGACAGUCGUUAGCUCUAAUGUUUUAUCCUGACAAUUCUUUGUUUUACAACAUUGAAGAGUUACAUCAUCACUUUCUGAAAUGCAAUUCACGGUGUCUGAUUAUAUUUUCUUUCAGGUUGUGGUCAAAUGGCUGAAGUACAUGUUAUUGGACAAAUCAGUGGAGCACAUGGAUUUCCUAGCAGUAGGUUGUUCUGUAAGUUUGGAAUACAAUCUGGCAAUGCUUGGAAAGUGUUAUCUGGAUUAACUGAAGGCCAAACGCAAGUGGAUAAUUGCCAAAAUGAAGAAGCUGCCUAUUGGUCCUAUCCACUUGACAUCCACUUUACCACAAAAGGUUUACAAGGUUGGCCCAAAAUUUAUCUGCAAGUUUGGUGCCAGGAUAGCUUUGGUCGGAACCAGCACUAUGGUUAUGGAUUCUGUCAUGUACCUUCUUCUCCUGGGAUGCAUAUUAUUGAGUGCCCAACAUGGAGUCCAACAGGAACAUUGUGGGAACAAAUAUCACAGUAUUUUAUUGGUGGCAGUGCCCAGCUCCGACGUCCUGAUCUAGUUUAUUGUGCUACAGAUCGCUACCGGCUACAUACCAUUGCUCGUGGAACAGUCACACUUCAACUUGGUGUUAUAUUACGAGGAUUUGAAAAGUUUGGUGUAGAGUACUGAGAUAUAUAUAUAUAUAUGUGUGUGUGUAGGGAAGAUUAUCAGUUAUCAUAUGUAAAUAACUAAUUUUAAAACUCUAUUUUAAUCUGCAUGAUAUGCUAAAAUUGUGUGUAGAGGCUUCAAAAAGAUAUUUUUUUGUGGCAUACUAAGAUGGUAAGAUAUAGGCUACUGGUAUUGUAAUUUUAUAUUGAAUUCACAUUAAGAUCUAAUUAUUUUGCUCUGUUAUAACCUAUGCCACCUCUUGUUGUCAUAAUUAUAUUUAAGUUAAUUAUCUCAGUUUUUUACAGCUAAUUGAGAUCACAAUAUAUCAUGAAGCUUUUCAAACAAAUAUAACUCGAAAUUUUUUACGUAGCAUUAGAUAAAGAGGGACAAGUUAACUGCUCAAUACUCUCAAUUUAAAAAUAUAACUUUUAAAUUUAACAUCAUUGUCAUCAUGUACCAUAUUCUGCCAGAGCCUCAGCAACUACUUUCUUCCACUCUGUGUGACCAAUCAGUAGUCAAACCUCUUGCACUACUAGUAUUGACUCUGCUCCCUUCUUGAUGCUCUUCAUCCAGGUUGUCCUCUGUCCCGCUUUCUAACAUCAUCUGUGCCACUGGUUCAUCACUUCUUCAGAUCUGUCCAAAAUGACAAAGUUUCUUUUGGAUAAAGGUUUUCAGAUUCAUUCAUUGUGUCAGGCUUUUCUUGAGUGAAAUUUUUAGAUCUUCUUCCAACAUAUGAUUCUCUGACGAUCUACCUGUAUGUUUACAUCACAAAUGCUGUCAACUUCUUUUCAUCAGCUGCUUUUAGGGUCUAUGCUUCACUGCCAUAUAGAGCUAGCUGCUGGCCAUUCUUGAGACAUACCUUGAGGUUAAUAUUCAUAGAUCUAUCUUUCCAAAUGUUUCAGAAAUUGGCAGCACUUGUGCAUGGCAUUGCUAUCUUUUGCUUUAUUUCCUUACUGCAUUCAUUUGUGUCAUUUACCUCUGUGCCAAGAUAUGUGAAAGAAGACACCUGUUUAAUUUCCAUGUUUCCUAUGGAGAUAUCAGUUUAAAUUGCAGAUUUAUUUAUUACUAUGACUUCAGUCUCCUUAACGUUUGUCACUAAUCCAAAUUCAGCUGAGAAUUCUGCAACAUUUUUCAGUAGAACUUGCCAGUCUUUUUGUGGUGGAUAGCAGGGCUGUGUCAUCCAUACAUCUCAGUUUCCUGAUAGUUUCCCCACCUAUUUUAAUGACAAUGUUGGGAUUGCCAUUUUCAUGAUCAUUUCAGUGUACAUUUUAAAAAAGUGUGGAGAAAAACGAUGCAGCCCUAGCCGACCCCUUUCCCAUUUCAGAAUGAUUCAGUUUGACUUGAUGUGGCCUGAAAGCCUGAGGAUUGCAUAGCAUACAGUUCUUCUAGAAGAGCUACUAGGGCAAUGCUACAAUUUCUGUGUAGCAUUGGAUAAAACGAGACAUGCUAGCAGCUCGAAACCUUAAAUUAAACAAAGGAAUGUCAGUUUGGUAUAAAAUCUGUUCUAUUUUUCAUAUUCAGUAAACUCUGUUGAAGUAAAUAAUUAGAGUUAGCAUUAAUUAAAGCAACUAACCAUUAAUGAAAAUGUUUAUAGAUUCUCCUUAUUACACAUAAUUAUUUGUAGUAUCACUAUAAAUAACAAUAGACAGAUAUAACAAUAAAUUUCAAAAGUUAAUAACAUUAAUAAGGUAUUUUUACUGAUUAAGAGAAGAAAUAUUUGCAUUUUGACGCAAGAUGGAGCUUGUAUUGUUGCUUUGUAAUUUAGAAUUACAAUAGAACUAAACUGUAAUAUUGAUAUCUAGGCUACAACUGGAUUUAAACUUUCAGAAUCUGUUCUCUUCCUAGAACUAUAAUGAAUGUUAUUUUCAUUUCAUCAUUUGUUAAAUCCGUCCAAAUCAUGAAAAUUUUUAAUCAAUUAUUUACAGUUUCUAAUGUGACUGAAAAUUUUUUUAUUUAUAUAAUGAAAUCAAUUUUAUAUUUUGAACAAAAUAACAACUACUUUUCUUAAUCAAUAAACAGCUGUAGUGUUUAUACAUA